UCCUACUCCUCUUCAUAAAAAAAUAAUAAAAUAAAAAAUAAAAAAUAUAUAUAUAUAUAAACUAUGGGAACUUCCACCGGAGAAAGCUCGGAGACGGCGUGGGCGGUGCCGCCGGCGGCGGCGGCGUGGUACUCGCCGAUGCCAUACGUGUUCGGAGGACUAGCGGCGAUGCUUGGUCUCAUCGUCGUCGCCGUCCUUCUCCUUGUUUGCUCAUAUUGGAAGCGGUUUCAACACGCCGGAGCUGUCUCCGGGAACACGAAUCUCGAGGCAGGAAUGAGGACAGUAUCGAACGGUGAUGAUUGCAGGAAGAUCGCGGCGAACACGAUUUCCGAGGAGCGGGUGUUGGUGAUAAUGGCCGGUGAUGAUAAGCCGUCCUUUUUCGGCGUGGCUUUUGGGGGUGUAAUACCUCCCGGUGAGCAUAACCGCCUUUAAAAGAGCUUGGACAUGGAGUGAACUGGUAGGGAAGAAAAGAACGUUGUGGGAUGUGCGGUGAGCUUACUGGUCGGUGAUUUUUACUGCUCGAGUUUAGCACGUUAUGAUUUGAUGUGGUGUUUUUUUAUUUUUUACGACUCUUGAUAUUAUUAAUUAUUAUUUAUGGUUUUAUUUGUUAUGAAA